UUUUUUGCCCUGAUUAUGUCGUAGUGACCGGGUUAUGAAUGCUCAUAUAAUGGCUGGUUAGACAGGCUGUGAUUGGUAUUUUCUUCGAACUUUUGCAAAUAAAACAUUGACAGAAUGAUUUCUCUGCAUGAUAGAACACCAUUGAAAACUAGGCCUGGCUAAAGAAAAAAGGUCUUCACGUAAUUUUUCUUUGCAAGAUAAAACACCAUUGAAAACUAGACAUAGUGAAAAAUAAUCUCAACGUAAAUUGCAAAUCCCAAAAUUUAGUUUCCAUGAAAUUUUGUUGCAUUUGAGAACAAUAACAACUACUACUAAGAGGUCUCACAAAGCACGAUUUUUUACAUGCUUAACUUUUUUACAACAGCAUAGAUGCUAAAGGGAGGGACCAACAUCAAUAAUACUAAAAUGAUUUUUAAAGGACUUUUUAAGCUCAAUGAAGGAUUGAAGAAGAAACUCUGUUUGUUUUCAGCUUUUUUGUGUGCAGUGAUUUAGUGGUUAUAUAUAACUCUCGCAUUUUGUGUGCAGAAGGUCAGGGUUUGAAUUCCCUUGGCGGUGAUUCAAUAUUGAAAAGAAGCAUAGUCUGGGGACAAGAAUUAUACAACCAGUUCAAAUAUAACGCACCAAGACCACAUUUCCAUUCCUUUAAAGCAGGUGUGCACCUUCUCCCCCCAUGAGGACAGCUGCACUUCCUCCACCACCUUCACAUGGGUUUACUGCACCAUGGGUGCUGCACCACCACCACCACCUCCAUCUACGGUUGGGCCGGCUCCACCCCCACCUCCACCUAUAUGAAUACUGGACCACCAAGCAGUGGUCCUGGCAAAGGUGGACUGUUGGACCAGAUUCAUGAAGGGAGACAAUUAAACAAGGUUGAAGUUAACGAAAAACCUGCUGAUGGAGAUGGACGAGAUGAUGUAUUGUCUGCUAUAAGAAAAGGUUGCCAAUUAAAAACUGUGUCGCAAAGUGAAAUGGAACAAGAUCACUCCUCCUCAUCAGAUCUAGAUGAAAUUGCAGGUGCACUUGCAAAACCUUUGGCUCAAUGAUCUGCUCAUAUUCAAGUUUCUGAUGAUGAUGGUGACGACAACGAAGAUGAAGACCUUGACGAUGAUGACUGGGAUUAAUAAGUGACAAAUUUGACAAAUUUGUCAUCAUGUUGAAUUUAUGUUGUCUGGCAAUUUUAGCCUUUUUGUACUGUAUGCAAUUAAGGCUGUGGCUGUAUUACAAA